CUCCCGUCCCCAUCGAUAUACGCCGCGGCGUCAACGAGUGGACGCCUCCUUUGACUGUUGUACUGUAUUCCCCUUAUUAGUUUCUUCGCUCGAUCACCGCGAUGCCGGUCACCAGUAGGCGGAUCGUCAAGGAGGCGCUGCUCGUCGGCGUCAGCUACGCAACUAACGAUAACCUGAAGGAUAACGACUUUCCGCCGCAGCCCGGCGCACACAAGGACACGCUUGCUUUGCGGAGGUUGCUCACGAGCAAGUAUGGGUAUGAGGAGAAGGAUAUUACGACGCUGGUCGACUCCGAAGAAGUACCGCACGAGUCCUGGCCGACGAAGGAGAACAUUCUCCGGGCGAUGAAGGACCUCAUUGCCGACAAGCAGGCUGGGGACCACAUCGUGUUCGCAUUCUCCGGGCACGGUGGCCAGGUCAAGGCCCUGGUCGAGUCGGAAGAAAUCGACGGCAUGGAUGAAAUCUUGCUGCCGGUGGACUGUACUGUCGACCCAACCAGCCUGGACAACUACUUUGUAAACUUCAUCCGGGAUGACGAAAUACGGGACAUAUUCGUCAACCAGCUCGACGCAGGUGUUCGAUGCACACUGAUCUUCGACUGCUGCCACUCCGGGACAGCAUCAGAUCUCCCGAGCGUCGAGUCCCCAAUCGCCACGACGCCAGGCUCGCCUCUGUUCGGCAGCAUCAGUCCUCGGUCUACCGGAGCGCGUGCUCCUGGCUCGUUCGCUCAAUUGGAGACGCUGCAUGAUGGGCAUGCCAACGGUGCCGAUAGCGCCCCGUACUUGUGGCCCGGCGCGCGGGCUGCGAGCAUCAGUUAUUUCGAGAAGGCAGUGACGUCGUGGUCGGCUUGCCUGGACGACCAGCUUACGUUUGGGAGGAAGAGUGGCGGGAUUUUCGUGAAGGCCUUCACGCAUGCCCUUGAGUUAAACCCCGCCCCCACUCACGGGGAGCUGCUGCAGUCCCUGCGAACAAGCCUCAUAAAGGUCAUUGAGGACGUGAACCGAAGGCAUGUAGUGUCCUCUCGAGGAGACACUUUGUGGAGCGCCUGUGUUCCUCCCCGCCCUCAGCUCGGCAGCCUUUGUCCGAAGACCAUCUUGCAAACGCAGUUCACCUUGUGAAUCUCGAGGCGUUCUUUCCCGCUCCGAUUUGUCGUUCAUGUGGGCUUUACGCUCGCAUUAGCUUAUCACCGCCCUUGGAACCGUUGCGCUGGGUUGUGCCAGCGAUUUUUCCCUUUAUUUCUUCGUACUGUAGGAUACUCAGCUGCUCACGAAAACCUACAACAGUCGACCAUUCAUUCCAGUUGUAGUAAUCUGUUAUACAUUACUGUAUCAUUGCCAAGCCUAGGCGCUGUAUAUAAUGUAACAUGAGUAUGCUCGUUAUUUCGAUCGAGUUUGUUCUGCACCGC